AUGCCGUGCUAUGGGAAAAUCGUUGUCAUUAAAAGGAACGGGAAUGACGGAAUUAUUUUUCCACUCACCUCAACUUCUUGUUUUUUUGGAAGGAAAGCAGAAUGUGACAUCCGCAUGCGGCUGCCCUGGGUGUCCCACGAGCACUGCAAAAUUGAGAUCAACGAAAACAAGCAGGCAGUCCUGACUAAUUUAAGCACGGUGAACCCCACGCAGCUGAACGGGGCCUGCUUUGAGCAGCCUGUUCCCCUGAGGCACGGAGAUGUUUUAACCAUUAUUGAUCGUUCUUUCAGGUUUGAAUAUCCUGUGCAAUCAACGCCGAAAAAGAGGCGUUCCAGGUCUCAAAAAGAUGAAACUCUGCAGGUGGCAGAAGUGGAAUUAUUACACAGACGAUCUUCAGGAGCUAAAAGUCUGGAUGCUCCAGAUAAUGUUGAGUGUGAAGAAAAAAAUGCCAAUGAAAAUAAACAAACUCCAGGGAAAAAUCUUCCUGGGGCUUUCCCUGUCAAACUCAAAACACCCAGAUCUUCACAGAGAAUGCGUCAUGUUCUUAAAAAGCAAAAUGAGAUGUCUCCCUUUAGUAAUCUCUAUGAAAGUCUGAAAAAGGAGCUGGAAGUGAAAAAAUCUCUGUUCAGGAGAACUGCAGAAGGAGAGCCUGUGAGGGUUCUGCCAGAACCUGGUACUCCCAUUUCAUCCCCGAGCCGUCUUUUUGAUCUGGGCAGCCUGGCUACAGGAAAGGAAACAGGCAGAAUGGAAGAAUGCCUCAUUGUGAGAAGGGAGGAAGAAAUCAGCCCAGGGUUUAACCAGCUGUCAGCUGGAGGAAGAACUCCCAGGAGGAGUUCUCCCAGGAGUCCUCACACUCCCAUUGCAAAGGAGGUGUCAGGAGAUACUGGUCAGAGUCCAUUGCAGGAUCCCAAGGGAUUCAGGACACCAGGCAGAUCCAAAGGUACACCCAAACCCAGCAAGGAGAGCCACAGGAAUUCCCCGGUUUUGCUGGAGCAGUGUUCCACAGAAAGGUUGGAUUGUCCAGUUACAGGGACAAUGUGCAGCCCCACAGUGGGCACCCCCGGUGGUGCUGAAGGAGGUGAAGGUGUGCUGAGCACACCAGCGCCCAGGAGGAAAAGUCCUCGGUCUCCUCUCAUGUCACCUCCCAAAGAAAGCACUGGAAUGAAUCCUGGAAAUGCUGAUACUCCAAGGACCCCACGGCGUGGAUCAUUGAAACUGAAGUCACUUGCAGAAAACCCAGCUGGACUUCCACUGUGCAAAAUUGUUAGCUCAGAAGUGCCUUUGCUAGAAGACAGAUGCCUAAAGCAAAGACGAAACAGCAGACAACAAACACCAGGAAAACCUGUCCAAGAAGUGCUGAAAGAAAUCUGCGAUCAGGCAAACCUGCAUAACUUGAAGGUGGGACGUUGUAAAACUCCUGCCUCUCCCUCUAAUUGCAAGAGUCCCAGAAGAAACAGCAGGGAAAGUAAAGAAUUCUUGGCAUUGGCUUUAGAAGGGAUGUUGGCAUCGCUUGCUGGUCAGACACCUGGAAGGAAAAGGGGAAGGUCAAGGAGCUCUGGAGUGCUGGCUGAAGCAGCACUGCAGACAAACACUGCUCAGGAACAUCACAGCUCGGGCAGAAAAGCCAGUGGAACUCCAGCAGAGCUGGCCAUGGACAGGUGUCACCAAAAGCAGGAUUUGGAAGAUGCCAGUGCUCCAAGACCUCGCAGACCAUCAGCCAAGAGAUCUUCUGGAAGUGCUGCUGAGCUGAAAAACACUGAGCCUGGCUCGGGAACCACAGCUUUUGGCCUCUUGCAUGGAGAAGAAUCAGGCAAGACAAAAAGAACCUCUCGGAAGAGGAAAAGUGGUGAAACGCUCCCUCAGAGUUUGGGCAAAAGGAAGAGAGUGUCUUUUGGUGGCCAUCUGAGUCCAGAACUCUUUGACAAAAGUUUGCCUCCCAACUCUCCCCUGAAGAGAGGAGCUCUCCCUGCCAGGCAGAGUUUGCCCUACGGAAACUCUCCUCGGGCUGUGCUCAAAAAGGCUCAGAGCUUGAAGCACUUCAUAGAUCAGGAAACAAAAAGGUCACCCAAAAAUUCCCCAACCCAGCAGUCCCCAGGAGCCUCAUCCCCUGUGUCAGGGAAGCCAAUGCCCCAAAUCCCUUCAGGCUCUCCAGCCCUUUUCCGGAGAGGCCGUUUCUCCAUCUCCCAGCCCCCCACACCAUUCCCAAUUGCAGAGGAGAAGGAUGCUGGCACAGAGGACCUGGAUCCAGAGGGGAAAAUUGAUGUGCAAGUGAAAACACCCAAAUCUUCUGCUGCCCAAGAUUCCAGAGCCUUGGUGACGGUGACACCUGCCAGGUCAUCCAGAGGUGCCCAGCUGGGUUUGAAGGGCAGUGCCAGGAGGAGCAGAGGUGGGGCUGUGGUUGCCAUCAGUGCCAAGAGGAGAAGUGGUGCCUCCAAUGCCAAUUUAUUAGUUGCAAAAUCUUGGGCAGAAGUGGUAAAAUUGGGAGUUCCAAGACCACAGUCAAGGACUGCUAAAAAAAGUGUCUGUAAACGAAGAGCCCUGAAGAAGUUAAACCACCCACCAAAGACUCCAGAGAAGAAAAUAAAGGAUCACUUGAGCACAGGUCAUGCAGAGUCACCUGCUACCAUAGUUAUAGGUAGAGCUUACUCCACCACAGUCAGGUCAGCUGGACACGUCCCCAAAGUGAUAAAAAAUCCCAAGAUCAAGCUGAACAUGGAAAUGGAUGAAAGCUUCACAGGAAUGCCUGAAAUGUUCCAGACUCCAGAAAAUCAGGGAGGAAGAGCAUCUCCUUUGGGUGCUGCUCAGAAUGCUGAUUUUACACCACCGUGGGCUGCAGGGGACGUUUCUGACUUGAACACUCCUGAGGAAUCUGGAGAGAUGAUGGUGUCACCAUUAAAUAAUUCAGAUGGUUCAGAGCAGAAGCAAGAGAGUCCAGGCAUAAUGUGCUUUCUGAGAGAGGAAUCAUCUCCAUCUGUGUUUAAUGAAAUAGCCACAAAAACUCCUGAAAAAAGAAAAGCUGUGCACGAAGAUAGCGUGGAUAGUUUGGCAAUAAUUCCAGAAAAAACAGCAUCUCUGGUGCAAUCAGGAAGUAAAAGGAGGACUCCAAAGCAGAAGUUGAAGCCAGUUGAGGUCGCAUCAAGCAAAAGGAAGAUUCUAAGGACCCCUGAGCAAAAGUCAGAACCAGGAGAGGUUUUGUCAGGUAUCAAGAGGCUCAUGAGGACCCCGAGGCAGAGGUCUGAGCCUGUGGAGGUUUUGUCAGGCAUCAGAGAGCUCUUAAAGACCCCAAAGCAGAAAUUUGAGCCUGUGGAGGUUUUGUCAGGCAUCAGAGAGCUCUUAAAGACCCCAAAGCAGGAAUUGGAGCCUGUGGAGGUUUUGUCAGGUAUCAGAGAGCUCCUGAAGACCCCAAAGCAGGAAUUGGAGCCUGUGGAGGCUUUGUCAGGUAUCAGAGAGCUCCUGAAGACCCCAAAGCAGGAAUUGGAGCCUGUGGAGGCUUUGUCAGGUAUCAGAGAGCUCCUGAAGACCCCAAAGCAGAAAUUGGAGCCUGUGGAGGUUUUGUCAGGUAUCAGAGAGCUCCUGAAGACCCCAAAGCAGGAAUUGGAGCCUGUGGAGGUUUUAUCAGGUAUCAGAGAGCUCCUGAGGACCCCAAGGCUGAAGCCAGAACCAGUGGGAGACCUGUCUGGCAUCAGAGAGCUCCUGAGGACCCCCCAGCAAGAGCUGGAACCAGUCACAGAUGAAAUUGCCUUGAAAAGGUUGCUGGAGACUCCAGUAGAUAGCAGGAAAGCAGUAAAAGCUAAAGCUGUGCCAGGUGUGACUUCAACCAAGAAAACUCCAAAGCUGAAAUCCCAACCUGUGGAAGACAUGGUUGGGAUCCGCCGCAUUUUCCAGACUCCAAAGGAGAAGGUUGAGCCUGUAGAAAACAUGUUUGGAAUUAGCAGAUUAAUGAAGUCUCCUAAAGAGAAAUAUCAGCCAGUUGAGGAUUUUGUGGGACUGCAAAGGCUCAUGGCAGAACCCAGGCAGAAAUCUUCUGAUUCUGAAGUAGACUAUGCUGGAAUGACUGAAGUGUUUGGUACCCCAAAGGAAAUGAAGGUCAGGUCAGUAAAUGUUAUGGAUUCCCAGGAAGAAAUUGCACCUCCUGGUUCUAAUUCCAGUCAUAAACGUGGAAAGAAAGGAAAAGUUUCCCAAGGUGAAGAUUCUCAACAGAAAGACUCAACUGGUGAGGAGCAGCCCACUCAGAGACCCAGAAGGGGCAAACCAAGGGCUGCACCUCCUGCUGCAGCAAAGCCAAGUGAAAAUGGUGAGAGUUUAAAGGAAUUGCAGAGUCCUGAUAUCCAAGAGGAGAUGGGAGUGAUCACACCUGAAAACAAGGGGAGAGGAAGGAGGACAAAGCGUUGCGUACAAGAAGUUAUUCCAAAGAACCCUGAUCUGGAAGGGCUUGACAUUGUUUCAUCUGUGGAACCACCUGGAGCUGCUCAGAGACCAGGAAGAGGUAAAAGGAAAGAGCUGAAGGAGGUAAAACAUCCAAAUGAAAAUCGGGAGUCUUGUGUCGAAGAUUCUUCAGUGCUACAAAAAGUACCUGCAAAUACCCAAGAGAAUUUGCAGGAUUGUGACAUCAUUGAAACUGAAGAUGAUUCAGGCACAAAGAGAGGACCUGGAAACAUUCCGAAUGAAAUCUGUCAGCUGCAAACAGGUUUAAAUAAUCCUGAUAGCAAAGCUAAUGACAGUGGGAUAGAGGACAGUGAAGAAGUGCUCCUGUCACCGAGGAGGAGGCGCAGGGGAGUGGAGAACACGGAACCAGUGAUUCCACCAAAAAGAGGGAGACGAGCAAGGAAUGACCAAGGUAAAGCAGCUUCUCCAGGAGACCUUCGUGGAACAACCAGAAAGCUUCGUAAAGACCCAUCCCCAAAGGUUACACAAAGGCAGGAGCAGGCUUGUGACAAAGCUCCUGAGGCUGUCACAGCACAAGAAUCUGAAAAUGGCACUAAACUUGAACUAAAGGCAGCAGAGAGGAGAGUUAAGUCUUUUAGAAGUACUAGAAACAGAAAGCACUCAGCUGAAAUAAAAGCAGACACUCCUGGGGUCGCACUUGAAAAUAAACAAAAUGUUCAGAAAACUGAGGAAACAUCAACUGGAGCUGAUGCUGAAACGCAAUCCCACGUGAAAAAGGAGAUGAAAGGAUCUCAGGGAUGUGAAACAGAAAACGCUCAAGAAAAUACAGCAGAGGCAGCUCAAAGAUUAAAGGCAGAGUCACCUUCUGCAGAGACAAACAAGAUUCCAGUUGGUGCCCAGAACAUGCAAGCAAACAGGGCUAGAAACAGGAGAGGCAAAAAAGACUCUUUGGAGCAAAAAGCUGAUGAAUUUGCUGAAAAUGUGAACAGCCUAAAAACAAAUCCUCCUGAAUUUAAGUCCGAAACAGAAGUGGAUGGAUCUUCUCUCCAGGGUUCCCUUGGCUCUGUUUGUGUCAGUGCCCAAGCCAGGGAGGAGCAGCCCAGCCCUGGUGCCACAUCAGUCCCUGCUGCAGACAGUGCCAGUCCUGCUCAGGGCAGUCAAAGGAGGACAAGAAACGAACGGAGAAUACUUAAAGCAAAGCAAACUGAAAUCCUGCAGGGGAAUCCAGCACAAAGAAGUGCAGUGAUGUGCAGAAGAGGAAGAGGUAGAAAAGUUAAUUUUCAGCUUGAAGAAGGCAGUUCCAAAGUGAUUGAAGGAAAAAGUUUACCUGAGGGUGAUGAAGGGAUGACUGACAAAGAUAAUCAACACGAGAAUUCCGAAAAUCCUCCUUCACAGGGAAGGAGGGGCAGGAGAAAGCAACCUGAUUCCAUCCCACAAAAAGCUAGUCCUGCCUUGAUGGAAAAACAAACAUUAAGUGCAGAUCACAGGGAAGAUGAGGCUGUUGUACAAGAGCAAGGAUCAGCUUUGGAAGCUGCUCCCCCUUCAGCAGAGGACAACGCACCGAGACGGGGGAGGAGACGUGAGGUGGCUGCAGCAUCACAGAGCAGAUCUCCCUCUGUCAGAAAGAGACGUGGGGUGCUGGAAGGUGAUGCUAAAAAGAUGGCAGAGAGAGGAGAUGAAAAUCCAGCUCUGGGUAAUCAAACUUCACAGGCAAAAGUGAAUGCAUCAGCAAGGGACAGAAGGAAAAAGAUGGAUCCGGCAGCAGAGACAAGUUCAGCUCCUCUCCAGAGCAAAUGUGGUUUGUCAGAGAUUAAAGAUGAGGGUACUCAUGAAGAACAAAGUGUGCCUUUGGAAGCAGUGUCCUGUGCAAAGGAGAAGCCACCAGGAAGGGGCAGAAGGAAAGAAACUGCUCUGGCAUCACAGACAACCAACUCCAUCUCCCUUCGAGGGAAACGCAGGUUACCAGCAGGUGAUGGACAGGAAGCUCCCAAAGAAGAGCAGAAUGUUCCCUCAGAAACUUGUGAUGCAUCUGGAAAAGAAAAUCAACUGAGAAGAGGCAGGAGGAAGGAAGUUGUCCCCUUGAUAGAAACCAAAAGUUCUAUUCAGGGAAACCAGGUCCCAUCAAAACAAAGUGGUAGAAAAAAUAACAAUAAGGAAGCUAAACAGAAUUUGGAUAAUUCUUCCCAAGAAAAUACGGGUCUUGUGGGAGGGAGCUCGAGGCAAGCAACCACUUCACUGGCUCUUAGUCCCACCUCACUUGAAGGUUUGCCAGAAGAUGGUGAAGAUGGAAUUCCUGAAGAACAAAGGAAACUUUUGGAAGUAGCUCUACCUGCAAAAGAAAAUCCAUCAAGAGUGGGCAGGAAGAAAACAACUUCUUCCACUUCUGAGGAAACAAUUUCCUCUUCUCUCAGGGGAAAACCCAACCUGCCCAGAGACAGAGGUCAGAAGAGUAUUCUUAAAGGAAGUGAAGAUGCAUCUUCAGGAGAUAAUCCAUGCCAGGGAAGAACAAGGCAGUUGAGGAGUAAGAGGAGGAAAGUGGAAUUCCCAUUAGAGGCAGCUACUUCUACUUCUCCCCAUAGAAGCAGUGAUUUGCCAGAAAAUGACAACGCUCUGGAAACUCAGGAUUUGAGUGGGGCAUCCACUGGUUCUGAAGAGAAUCAGUCUGGAAAAGGCCAGGAGAGUGACCCUGCUCCACAGGCAGCUCCCACCUCUCGCAGGAGGAAAUGCCAGCUGCCAGCAGAGGACGUGGCUCCCAAAAUACUAAAAUCAGGAAAUUAUGAAAGUGGGUCUCUACAACGAGGAAGAAGAAACAAAACUAAACUUGGAGAAGAGGAUGCAAGGGCAGCUCAGGCCACUGGAGGGAUGGAGAGGAGGACAAGAUCCAGCACAAGAACUAGGAAAUAGUCUGAAGACUCCCAGAACCAGUUUUAAAUCAAUUCAGUAAUUGCAGUUGCAGGUUUCUUGUAAUGUGAAUUGAUUUGCACUCAGAUUUUAAGCUCAGAUUUUGGGUAAUUCUAUAGUUGCUUUACAAAAUACGUUCCUUAAAAUGUUUACAGAUAGAAGGUAGAUAAUUCUUUAGUAGCUUUGCCAACAUGUGGUGGUUCCUAAACCAUGGGGUGCUUGUGCAAAGCUGCAAACAUGGAAUAAAUUUUGUUAUACCAGUGAUUCUCCUGGUAUAACAAAAUAAAAAAAAAAAAGUGAUUCUCCUAAUUUUUCCUGUUGAUCAGUACAGCAAUCAGUCAUAUUGCUGCCAGCUGAAGCUAUUUUCUGCUGAAAUUUUCCUAUGCUUAAGCUCUGUUUUUCAUUGGAGUUCUGUAAAUAUUCUUUAAAAAAUACAAUUGUAUUGGCAGAAGCGUUUUGCUAAAUUUUGGUAAGUUCUUUAUUAAAAAAAAUGAGCUUGUAUUGAAAAAGUGCAGGUUUUGAAGUUAUUAAACUUGUAAACAAUU